AUGUGCAAUUUCCAGGUCCGCGUCCACAAGUGUGGCCACUAUGACAAGAAUCUCACCAACCCAUGCGAGGAUGCCAAACGCCGCAAGUCCGUCUGCAAGUCUGGCGUCACCGAGGUUGCCUCGCUGAGCCUUCGGCGUUGGUGUGGCACAGCUGGCUGUGACGAAAAUCCCGGCCUCAAGCGAGAGGGACCAGGUGCUAUAACCGAUGGCGACUUCGAUGAAAACACAAUCAAUUGGGACGACUACAACGACUGA